UUUUGACGGAAGCGCCAUGUUUAAAAAAGAUAAACAAAAAACACAAAAUGAAAUACUCUAUUUACUCUCAAACCCAUAAAAAUUAUAUUUUUUAUCUUUAGGUUGAUUUCAUGAGCAGUCAAGAUGAACAGAAAACGUUCAAACAAUCGUAGAUCUUCGAUAUUGAAGAUCGACAUGAAUGCAGAUGAUGAUACAAGGCUGCUGCUUGGGAAAAAUCGAAGAGCAUCCAAAAGAGUCAGCUUCGCAGAGUGUUAUCAAGUCAAGGAAUUUCCUAAAGACUCCCCUCGACGCUGGAGAACAGAUGAUGAAGAAAAUGAUGAUCCAAACUGUGGAGAUGCGGGCAGAUCUGGAAGCAAGAACUCUGAAAUAACAGGCCUAGAUAAGCUGUUGACGGGGGCAAUACAGACUCCAUACCAGGAUGUUGCAGAGUGUCCCAUCCCUGAGAUGACGUCCCAGUCUUUUAACAUCAUGGAUGCCAAUCGUACUGUGUUUGAUGCAGUGGACAUGGACAUGACGUCUGCCGAUGGGGGAGACAUCGUGAUGGACUUCCAGGCUUCUCCAUCUAAGGAGAUUGAGUACAACGCCUCAUCCUUCCUCAGCAGUCUCAAGGGAAAACCAUCAGAUAUGUUAAAGAGCCUUCAGAUCUACUCACCAAAUCGUGAUCAACACAGGCCUAAUGAGAAUACGGAGCCUGACCCCACCUUCCUGACCUUUCCGUCUCGCUCGGUGACCCGUGACAAGGAGAACGUGGUGCCUGUUGCGGGGAUGGAGGGAGAGGGGGCAGUUAACUGGCGAGCCAUGCUCGACAGGGUGUUUUCUUCUAGCCAUGCAGCCUACUCACAGCAACAGGACACUGAAGAUGAGCCUAUGGAAGAGACACGAUGUUACAGUGACAUGUUCUUAGAGACCAAUCAACCCCCGACACAUACCUCCCAGUCAGUCAUUCAACCAAGCAAGGAGAAUACACCACCUGGCUCUGAUGAGGUGACCAAGUACUUUGUGGAUGGUGUGGCUACGACAUUCGGAAUGGAGGAGACACGGUGUGUGGGUGGGAUUGUCAGUGGGGGACCUGGAAUUGCCCCCACAGGGCCUGGCACACAGGACAGAGAUGGGGAUGAUAAGACACAGUGUAUCCCUGUACCCAUGGAGGAAACAAAGGCACUUGGAGAUAUUCUCAUUCGGACAGUAGAUAAACAUGUGGCUAUGGAGAAAACCUGCAGAGAUUUAAACAGUCCUGCUAGCCAGUCAAUGGAAGUGGUGGAAACAGAUGCAGACACUAUGAAUUACACUGUAAUGGUUGAUGUUCCCAUGGAAGAAACUAAAGCUGUAGGAGGUAUUAUGAACACAACUGUUGGUCAGAGUAUCCACAAAGAUGAUACAAGUGCUAAGAUUGUGAACCAAACCAUUAAUCAUACAGUGGCCAUGGAAGAAACAAGGGCUUUAGGGGGAAUACUGAACAAAACAAAAACACAGGAUUGUUCCAAUGCAGAUACAAGAUCAGUACUUCCCCAUGUAAACAAAACAGUGAAUCAGACUCUUCCCAUGGAAGAAACCAGAACAGUUGGUGAAAUUUUGAACAAAACUGCUACACAGACUGUUUCUGAGGUCCAUACAAACACACUUAAUAAACUUAACCAAACAAUAAACCAAACCGUUCCAAUGGAUGAGACUAAAUCAUUAGGGGGUAUUCUCAAUAAAACUGCCACACAAACAGGUAUGAAAAUAGGAACAUUUACUGCAGGAUUAAACAAAACAACCAAUGAGAUACUGCCCAUGGAUGAAACAAGGUCUUUAGGAGGUGUUCUCAACAAAACCAACAAUCCAACAGUUUCAAGCCAGAAAUCAACAACAUUUACUGCAGGAGCUAACAUAACUAUAAUGCAACCCUCUUCGAUGGACGAAACACUGGCAGGAGGUAAAAUCAUAAAUGAGUCGAUUAAUGGUUUUAAUUCAAAUGAAUUGAAACUGAACCACUCAUCUCUACAAACUGUUGCCAUGGAAGAGACAAAUGUUGUAGGGGGAAUUGUGAAGCAUUCUGUAAUACAAAUAUCUGAAACUAUUAGUCCUGAAAAAGAUCAGAAUAUGUGCAUGAACACUGAAGCUACUGUAUAUAUGCAAGAGACCAGGCCACUAGGUGGUAUUAUCCAAGUAGAACAUGCUGAUAGCAACAAAGACAAAGUUAAACCAAGUGAGACAUUCGUAGCACAAUCACCAAAUGACAAUGUACAUCCAUGCAUUGAAAAGGAUCCUUUGCAGGAGAAGACACAGACCCUAAGAAGAAGGCUUAGUCAGAUAAUGUCACAGAAUGUGGAUGAAACAAAGACUUACAAUAUGACUGUUCCCAUGGAAAUGACUCAAGUCACUGGAGGCAUUCUCCAAUCAGGAAUUCAGACUCUUACAACAGAACUAAGUACUUGGAAAGUGGGUGACAUUGUCAAGUCUCCAAAUCAGACAGUGACAGUGGAAGAGAUAAGAGUUGUAGGCAAAGAAAACACAUCCUGGCCAGUUGGAGGUAUUCUCAAUAAACAUGUUAAUCAGACAGAGUCAAUGGAGGAAAUGAGUCCAGAAAGGGAACUUGUAAACAGAACUCUUCAUCAGACUGUGUCAAUGGAAGAGACAAGAGCAGUUGGUGGAAUUCUUGAUAAGUAUUCGAAACAACCUUCUCCCAUGGAAACAGACAGUUUCAACCGGUCAAACAAUAAAACUGUACCAAUGAAAGAGACAAAGUGUGUUGGAACAAAUUUGCAAACUGAUAUUUCAGUCACAUCUCCAUUUGAAAAGACCCAAAGGGAAGACAGUACUGAAAAUGAAAGAGCUGAAGUGACAUGCAUUUCAGGAGAUACAGGUCAAGAGUGUGAUGAUGACAGUAGUGAGGUGACAUUCAAAAUUUCCCACAAGAGGUCUCUAGAUGAGAUGCGAAGUGAUGCCAGUGACCAGAGUGAAGGGAAAACCCAGGACCUGACUCAGUCUCAGACCAAACUUCUCAAACUGAAGGGGUCCCUGCUGGCCAUGAAGAAGGUGACAGCCUCCAAGAUUAAGGUGGGGGAGAUUAAAACCCCUUCCAAGCUGUCCCCUGCGAUGUAUGGGGGCGUGUCGAGUGCCAGGAAAGGGCAAAGUGCAGUCCAGCCGGAUAUGUCUGUACGGAGCCCUGCCCAUAAGCUGGCCAGGCUGUAUGGAAGCUGGGACCCCGGUGUUGAGAGACCUGACCCAACUGAUGCCCUAUUGCAAGGCUUCACUGACGGGGAAACUGGCUUCCUCAACGACUUUGAACGUGAUAACCUCACUGGUAUAGAUGGUGAGUCCAUGCCGGAAGGUCUGGUGGAUGAUGGGGUUAUGUCAGAGACCCAGGACACGGUGUUUGCAAGGAGUGACACCUACUCCACGGACACAAGAAGUCAUGCUACAUCUUCGGACAGCUCCAACCUCUCUGUGAUCACUAACAAGUCAUACAUCAGCUCAUUUAUUGUACCUGAUGGUCCUCUGUCAGUAGAAUCUUUCUUUGAGCUAACCAAGGUGAAAACUUGCGAUCCUGUGAAAAUGACCAGACGUAGCAGCAUUUUCACCCCAAAGGUGGACGAGGACGAUCUGACCGAGCUUCUGUACUCUCUCAUUGCAUUGUCCCCUGUUCACGCAGGCAAGCGAGAGAACAUGACCGCCCUCCAACAGGGCACCCACAGGCUGGAGUGUGAGAUCGGGCUAUUGGAACAGGACCUGGAGGAGUUACAGCCAGUCAUCUUCCAGGAGUGUGUCGCUGCUUCCAGGGAAGAGAUGACAACAAUCAAGGCAUCCCUUUUGGAGCUGCUUAAGACGUGUAAGAUGCGGGCCCGGGUUGAGGUGAAGAAGGCGUCACAGGACAUGCACCGCUCAUUUCUUAAUCAUGUACAGAGCACAUCUAUUCCCUCUGCGAAGAAGGUGAUGAGUGAAUUGGAGGGGGAUCUGAAGUCAGUGGACCAACUGUUGACUUCACUAGAUGCAGAAUUGGAGGAAAUGGAUUUGAUGGAGAGAAAAAUGGUGGAUCUUGAUUUUGAACAACAGAGGCUACAAAAGAAUGUGGAGGAGGAGCGGGAGCGUGAAUUAGGGUUGGAGAGGAAGGUAGCAGAGGCGGAGAUAGCUGCCAACCAACAUGCUAGCAAAGAGGACCGCAGCAUGGCACAGCAUAUAUCACAGCUACAGGACACAGUCAAGGCUCAUCUCAAAUGUAGCCAGUGGGAUCUUGAGGAGCUGACCGAGACAGGGGCAGUGUUUACUUUCUGUGACAGUCAGCUAUACCUGCAUGUUGGGUACAAGCCUGGUCCACAACACCACAUCAUUGACACUCUCACCCUCUCAUCAACAUCUACACAAGAAAGAGGAUACUUUGAGGAUGAGGUGUUCCACAAUUUUGCCCUAUCUGGGGUCAAUACAGACUCCCUGACGGCGACAUUUCCCUCAGAGGCCCAGCUGCCGGAACUCCUGCAUGAGAUAUCCACCACCAUUAGUGAGAUUCAACGCUUCUGUGCAGAUGUGGAGGCUGUCAACUUAAACCAUAAGCUGCUCUUCCAAAACCAAGCUCUGAGCGUAGAGAUGUGGCCGGAGGAUUUCUCGAGCCCCGACUUUGUAAUCUUGACCCUUCAGUUUGACCCUGCCAGACCCCUCUCCACCCUUGUAAAGCCCCAAGUGUCUGUCAAGUUUGGGGAUAUUGUGGCUGGUGACAUAGAGCAGCAGCUGUGUGGGGUGACGCCUGGCCAUCGGUACCUGUCCCGUCUACUUCAGGCUGUCACAUUCUCCCCAACUCAUCGAUGACAGCAUGUCACCAGACAUUUACUCUAAAUAACUCAGGUUUACAUUCAACUGGAGACAACAGUGGUGGACAUGAGCCGACCAGCCCAGCACAGCUCAAUGUGCGCUGCUGACUCACUACAGUUAGCAUACAGCAACACUUCAGAUAUAAGAAGUGUAUUCUCAUUUGUGUUAAGUGGCAACAUACUUGGAUAAUUUUAGGUUAAUACCAGGACUGACUGAGUUGGCAAAUAACAAUUACACAUUUCUAGUGCUCCUCUUGAAAUUCAUGUGUGACAUUUUCCUCAAAAGUGCUGGAUAAGUGGCCGUUUUGUCAGCACGGACAACCUCCGAAUAUUGAAGGGUUUUAACUGGUUUUAUCAUUUAAGAAUUACUACAGGCUGGCAUAAAUGUUUCUUGUGUACAUGUCUCUAUAUACAUGUAACUAUAUUUCUACUCAUAUAUGCAUGCCAAUGAAGAAUGAAUUUCCUUCCCUUUGACUCACUCUCAUCUUGCUAUCUACCCCUGCUCUGGGUCUUUGAAUGUUAAUGAAAUUUUUAGAUUUGUCUUAUAUAUUAUUUUUUUAUUUAUUCACAUUUACAAUACAUUCAUGAAUGAUGUUCAUGUAAAUAUAUUAACAUUGGAUAAUUUGAAUAGAUUGAUACAGUCUGUUGGAGUUGUAAUAUAUCUGAAUAAAUAUAAUUAUCAUGA